GGUCCGGGGCGGGAUUCUGGCUUGGGGCCGGCCGCGGGAGGGGCCGGCGAGGGUCUCGGGCGCCGUGCUGCCUCCCGGAGCGAGCGAGGGUGGGGGAGACCUUUAGCGUCCCUGCGGGUCGUCCCGUUUGCUCCGAGAGAGGCCGCGACGGCUGAGCAGCGGCCGACGGCCAAUGCGAAAUUGGCUGGUACUUCUGUGCCCGUGUGCGGUCGGGGUCGUGCUGCACCUUUGGCUUCUGCUCCUCAGCUGCCCGGGCGGCGGCCCCGGGAAGCAACACCCGGCAGGUCUACUGGCUUUCUUUCCUCACUGGAAACCAAAACAUUAUGACGUCAUUGUAGGGAUACUCUCUGCACGACACAAUGAUGGAUUGCGGAAUGCUAUAAGGAAUACUUGGUUUAGGCAUUUGAAGCAGCACCCAACGUUAAGCCAUCGUGUCCUUGUGAAGUUUAUAAUUGGUGCACAUGGAUGUAAUGUGCCAGUGGAAGAUAGAGAAGAUCCUUAUUCAUGCAAACUUCUGAAUAUCUCUAAUCCAGUUCUAAAUCAAGAAAUUGAAGCCUUCACUUUGCCAGAGGAUGACACUUCGGUGCUUUCAGAAGACAGAGUUGUCAGUGUGCACUUCAAAGUCCUUUACCCAAUUGUCAUCACCAGUCUUGGGGUAUUCUACGACGCUAAGGGUGUUGGAUUCCAGAGAAACAUCACAGUAAAACUAUACCAAGCAGAACAAGAGGAGGCCCUCUUCAGCGCUCGUUUUAGUCCACCUAGUUGUGGAGUGCAAGUGAGCAGACUUUGGUACAAACCUGUAGAACAGUUCAUUCUGCCAGAGAGUUUUGAAGGCACCAUUGUAUGGGAAAGCCAGGAUCUGCAAGGACUUGUUUCUAGAAAUCUUCAUAAAGUGAUGGUGAAUGAUGGCGGCGGUGUCUUCAGAAUCACUACGGCAGGAGAAGGAUCACUGCCACAUGAAUUUACACAAGGUGUGGAGGGGAUCGCAGGCGGCUUUAUUUAUACAAUUCAAGAAGGUGAAAUGCUUUUACAAACCCUGCAGAGUCGCUCUGAAAGAUUCAUGCAUCAUAUGAACAAACUAGAAGAAGAGAAUGCCUUCCUGAAGGAAGAAAGCAACACUUACGAUGAUAUAGUUUUUGUUGAUGUUGUUGAUACUUACAGAAAUGUUCCAGCCAAAUUACUGAAUUUCUAUCGAUGGACUGUAGAAGCUGCAAGUUUUGAUGUACUGCUGAAGACAGAUGAUGACUGCUACAUAGAUUUAGAGACAAUAUUUAACAGAAUAAAGCUUAAAAACUUGGGCAGACCAAAUAUCUGGUGGGGAAAUUUCAGAUUAAAUUGGGCAGUUGAUCGGACUGGGAAGUGGCAAGAGUUGGAGUACCCAAGUCCUGCAUAUCCAGCAUUUGCUUGUGGGUCUGGUUAUGUUAUUUCCAAAGAUGUUGUAGAAUGGCUAGCAAGCAAUUCUGAAAGACUCAAGAUAUAUCAGGGUGAAGAUGUGAGCAUGGGUAUUUGGAUGGCAGCCAUUGGGCCAAAAAGAUACCAGGACAAUCUCUGGUUGUGUGAGAAGUCUUGUGAGAGUGGUAUGCUGUCCUCUCCUCAGUAUUCUCCAGAGGAGCUUGCAGAACUUUGGAGAAUAAAGGAACACUGUGGAGACCCCUGCAAAUGUGAAGAAAGAUGAAGGGUGGCAAACACUCUAAGGAAAACUUUAGAGAGGAAAGGAAGGGAAAGCCUCAAAACAGAUGUUCCAUCAGCCUCCUAUAUAGUCUGUUGCUGGUGACAAAUGUAUGAGUAUGUCGCCAUACUCAUGAGAUUUAUGUUUCUAUUCCACUGGUUACAUACAGUGUAUGUUCAUUUCAGUAUGGCAGUAAACUACAGACAAGCUUCACACAUUCUUCAAAGAAGUGUUUCAUGUAGAUAAUUUGUCUUGUGUGAAAUGGCCCUUAGAGCUAUGUUUGCACACAUAUCCCCUUUUUAAUAAAUGGAUACAUUUCAUUUUUGAACAUACUCUUUUACGAAGCCAAAUAUAAAUAUGAAUUCUUUAUUAAUAUAUUACAGAAGUAGAUAAACUUGACUCUUCAUGGAUUUAGUGUAUAUAAGAGCAAGGGAUUGAGGCUAAAUUGAGAAAGGCAGAUACAAUACUGUACAUAUUGCAUAAUUAAAUUUGCACUUCUCUGCCCGUAUGCCUUGCUGUAGAAGUCACUUAACAGAGGCAGACUGCACACAUGUGUUGGCUUCUUAUAAAUUGUGGAUCAGACUGAUGCUUUGAUUUCAGUCUGUUUCAAAUAUGAGGAAAACAGUGCCUCUUGCUGGGAAUACUGAUAUAUUAUCACGUAACUCCUGUAAAGAAGGAAGUUAGAUGCUGUAGUAAUUCUAUUUAUCCUCUGUGUACUUUCAGCCAACAUGUAGAGGGACUAAGACAGCAGCCCUUUCUCCCAUAUGCAUAUUAAAUACUACCUUUUUUUUCUGUUAAGUGAUUUUUAUGCUUUCUGGUAUUCUGUGGCUACUGGGAUGGGUUGGUAAUGAAAUACCUCAGCUUUUAAUUCUCUCAAAUAUGUUAUUUGUAUAGUAGUGAGUGGAAGGUUUGUUGAGAGUCCCACUGAUUUCUGUAAGUUACUAGUGUAGCACAAAUGAAUAACUUUUAUUUGAAGCUGGUAAAAGCUUUCAUUUUCUCAAAAGAGGCAUGAUUAAAAAAAAAAAGAAUACAAAAGCUUCUCUAC